UUCUUCCCUUGGAGAGGCUCGGCGCGACGCCGAAACCACGUCGGUGCUUUCGCUUUCUGCGCUUCGCCUUGCGUUCUAUUCCCCUCCGCGAGCCUGGGUAAUGGCGGCCAGAGGGCAACUGAGCUCGGUGCCCGAAGUGGAGCUGGACCCCGACGGCACUUUCAAAUAUAUCCUGGUGCGGGUACAGCGGGGGGCUGAUGACCACCGCGACAUUGUGAGGGGCACUGCGGACGCCGAGUUCCACAAUCACAUAUUUGAAAAAGUAAAUCCUGAAAUGGAAAAGCUAGGCUUUGUAUGCAAGUGUCUUGGAGGAGGAAAAAUUGAACUUAACAGCAAAGACAAGAAAAUCCGUGUAUUUGGCCUUUCUACAGGAUAUGGCAAAGCUGAUCAUUCUGCGACUGUUGAAAUACUGAAGAGAACUUAUAAAGAUUAUGAAAUUAGCUGGUCAGAUGACAAGAAAUAAAUUGUAUAAUCUAAUAUAAAUCUGAAUAUUUUCAAGAUAGUAUACACUUAAUUCUAAGCUUCCAUGAGGAAACACAAUCAGUGCAUUUAGCCUAUACUGAAUAAAAAAAAUAGGAUAUGAAUGGGUUGGUUCAUGCUUUAAAUAAUUUGGGAUCACAUCUUGUUGACAACAUUUGAAUUUCUUUGAAAUCUAUACUUACUUCCAGUUUACAUUGCCAUAAAGAUAAUUUUGAACCCGGCAUUGAUGCAAGCCCUCUUUUAAGCAUUUUUAAGGAAUAAAGUUUCAUACAAGUCAA